UGUUUGUUAUUUCCUGGUCAAACGUGGAAGUGUCUUUGCAAUGGCUGUUGUCAACGGUAUUCACGGAGGAGAGAUGCAUCAGGCCUUUAAAAGUUUUCUGGAGUAUCCAGUCUCAUUCGCUAAUCUCACCGACAACGGAGAGAAAACAAUGCCCGGUCAAGCGACGGUAACCUUAGCCUUAGCACCAAGCUCUGGCUCGCAGAAGUCUUUCCCCUUUGUUUUGAAGAAAAUAAUGGAGAUUCCGCCACCCAAUAUUCUGGAGGAAGGCGAAGACGAGAUCGAGAAGGAGAAGCUCUGCUCCUCCGAGGAUGGGGAGUCUGGAGGAGGUGGAGGGGGCAGUGGGGCAGCAGGUGGAGGUGGUGGGGCUACAGGUGGGGGUGUCUCAGCCUCACUGACUCCAACCAUCUGGGACAAAACCAUUCCAUAUGAUGGAGAAACGUUCCACCUGGAAUACAUGGACUUGGAUGAAUUUCUCCUGGAGAAUGGAAUUCCUGCCUCCCUGGAGGAGGAGCUCCAGAAGAGCCACUCCCCACUGGAACCUCAGAGUACCCAUGCCCCGCCCCCUGGCCCACGGGCACCCACAGAGAAAGAGAAGGAAAAAGAGAAAGAGAGAGAGAAAGAGAGUGAGGAGGUUGAUGAAGAGGAAGAUGGAGUGUCAGUGUCAGAUGUGAGUGAGUUGGAGGUGACAGACAGUACAGGAACAGAGACUAAAGCCACUCCGACCAGAGUCACUCCCACACCCAUUAACCCGGAUGAGAUCGAGGUGGAUGUGAAGUUUGAGCCCGACCCGACUGACUUGGUUCUGUCCAGCGUUCCGGGCGGGGAGCUGUUUAACCCCCGGAAACACCGCUUCUCAGACGAGGAGCUGAAACCACAGCCCAUGAUCAAAAAGGCCAAGAAAGUGUUUGUCCCCGAGGAGGCCAAGGACGACAAGUACUGGUCGAGGAGGAAGAAGAACAACAUGGCGGCCAAGCGCUCCCGGGACGCGCGGCGUCUGAAGGAGAACCAGAUUACCGUGCGCGCCGCCUUCCUGGAGCGCGAAAACGAGGCGCUUCGACAGGAAGUGGCCGAACUCCGCAAAGACUGCGGCCGCUGCAAAAACGUCAUCUCUCUGUACGAGGCCAAGUACGGGCUGCUGUAAGGGAGGAACGCAGGCCGAAAACGAAAACCCCCCCAAACUCAAAACCUCUCAGAUCCAAACAGACAGGCAGGUGUGGAGUGGUUCAGGGUCGGUAGGAGUUUUAGGAGAGGUGCACACACACACACUCCUGAUAUCGCUGUAAACCCAUGUCAUAUCAACUGGUGUACUGAAGACGACUGGUCCCCAGUACAGAAGACCGGCGUCCACCGCUGACGCUCACGAAAGGACAGGAGAAGGCUCCGCAGGUGACCGGAGCCACACGCGUGCGUGCGAACGCCAUUUAUACCGAAGUGAAACGAUGAGUGGAGUCCUGUCAGGUCC